AUGGACGGGAGUACACCCAUCUUCGCCUACGGCGCAGCCGCCCUGCUCGGCGUAGUCUCCCACGUCGCCUACUUCAACCGCUCCGAACACCACCUCCACGCCGUCCGCUACAUGCAACUCUACCUCCUCGCCUACGCCACCGCCGUCUUCAUCCUCGCCCGCACAGCGUCAGAAGCAUCCGCCUCCCCCUCUCCCUUCCCCUCCCCCCACCACCUCGCCGCCGCCGCCAAACCCGCCGCCUCCCUCCUCGCCACCCACCUCCUCGGCCUCUACGCCUCCCUCCUCACCUACCGCGCCACCCCGCUCCACCCUCUCCACGCCUUCCCCGGCCCCUUCCUCGCCCGCCUCACCUCCUUCUACCUCCCCCUGCACGUCCUCCACCGCGUCCCCAACAAACCCUCCACCCCCAACAACCCCAGCAAACACACCAAACUCAUCCCCCAAGCCCACAAAACCCUCGCCGCCCUGCACGCGCGCCACGGCCCCAUCGUCCGCGUCGGCACCGCCGAGCUCUCCGUCGCCGACCCCGCCGCCGUGCCGCUCGUCUACGGCGCGGGCAGCAGUUGCACGAAGGCGCCGUGGUACGACAACGACAGGCCGCUGACGAGCAUGCACACGGCGCGCGACAGGGGAUAUCACGAUGCCAGGAGGAAGGUGUGGGGCAGGGCGUUUGCGGCGGGGGGGAAGGUCUUGGCGGGGUAUGAGCGGAGGGUGGGAGCGAGGGUGGAGGGGUUGGUGGGGGGGUUGAGGGAGGCGAUGGGGGGGAAGGUGGGGGGGAAGGCGGGGGAGGGGGAGGGGGAGAAGAAGGAGGGGGUCGAUGCGAGGGAGUGGUUUGCGUGGUUUGCGUAUGAUGUUAUGGGGGAGUUGGCGUUUGGGAAGGGGUUUGGCUGCGUCGAGGGGGGAAAGGGGCAUUGGGCGAUUGGGUUGCUGGAGGAGGGGAUGAGGCCGAUGGGGUUCAUGUUGCCGCCGUGGGCUUUCCGCACGCUGGCCGCCAUUCCCGGCGUCGCGGCCGGGUACUGGAAGUUCAUCAACUACUGCUCGGACCAGCUCGAGGAGCGCAUGAAGACGAAGCCCGAGGACCCGGACAUCAUGUCGGCGCUCAUCGAGCCCGUCAAGGACAAGCAGCUCUCCGACCGCGAGCUGAGGAUGCUGCAGGCCGACUCGAGACUGAUCAUCGUCGCCGGGAGGUACCCCAAACCAACCAACCCACUAACCCUGAUUCCCCUCCCCUCCCCAGCGACACCACCUCCAGCACCCUCACCCACAUCUUCUACCACCUCGCCGCCGCGCCGCACCACCAAGCCACCCUCCUCGCCGAGCUCCGCCCACACAUGCCCGACCCCUCCUCCCAAACCACCGCGAAGAUCCCCCCCCCACCGCACCCUCCUCACCCUCCCCCACCUCAACGCCCUCAUCGCCGAAACCCUCCGCCUCCACCCGCCCGUCCCCUCCGCCCUCCAGCGCCUCACGCCCCCCGCCGGCCUCACCCUGCCCUCGGGCACGCACAUCCCCGGCAACACCGUCGUGUGGUGCCCGGCCUACGUCAUCGGCCGCUCGCCCGCCGCGUACGUCGAGCCCGACGAGUUUUGUCCGGAGCGGUGGUACAACGACGACGACGACAACGACGAUGACGACAAUGACGAGGAGCGGAAGGAGGGAAAGAAGGGGAAGGGGAAGAAAGGGUGGGUGCGCGAUGCCAAGGCGUACGCGCCGUUUGGCUUGGGGACGUAUGCGUGCGUGGGGAAGCCGUUGGCGAUGAUGGAGCUGCGGAUGGUGGUGGCGGGGGUGGUGGCGGCGUUUGAGGUGGGCUUGGCGGAGGGGGAGGAUGGCGCGGAGCUGUUGGGAGGGAGUGCGGAUCAUUUCACUUUGGGGUGUGGGCGGUUGAGGCUGUGUUUUAGGGAGAGGGAGAGGGAGAGGGGGGGCGGAAAGUAA